UACCACAAACCCCUUUGGUCCGCUCUCUGACACUCGUCCACAAGUCGCAACCUCCGCCUUAAGAUGAGAGCCGCCGUCACCGCCUCCGCCUCCGCCUCAGUCAGUCUUCGCCAUCUCUACGGCGGCUUCCCUUGUAUUGUCCCCUCUCGUUCUUUUUCCUCCUUACCUUUUCGCUCUCCUCGUCUCUGCAUCUUCCUCCGCCGCAACAUCCGCCCUCGCCAACUCUUCCUUAGCCGUACAUACGCCGCAAGCUUCAGUUCUUGUUCAGGUGCUGAUUCGACCUACGACGUUAUUGUGGUUGGUGCGGGACAUGCUGGGUGUGAAGCGGCCCUAGCCUCUGCUCGAUUGGGUGCUAGUACUCUGCUUCUCACAUUGAACCUCGAUCGAAUAGCUUGGCAGCCUUGUAAUCCAGCAGUAGGCGGACCAGCAAAAUCACAAUUGGUACAUGAAGUUGAUGCACUUGGUGGUGAUAUUGGGAAAGUUGCUGAUAGAUGUUAUUUACAGAAGCGUAUUCUAAAUGUCUCAAGAGGCCCUGCUGUAAGAUCGUUACGUGCUCAGACCGACAAAAGAGAAUAUGCCAUGGAGAUGAAAAAGAUAGUGGAAAGCACUGAAAAUCUCUCUAUUAGAGAGGCAAUGGUAACAGAUAUCCUAGUUGGGAAGAAUGACAAUGUGGCAGGCGUAGCCACAUUUUUCGGGAUGGACUUUUAUGCACCUUCCGUUAUUCUCACCACCGGAACCUUUAUGAGUGGGAAGAUUUGGGUCGGUAAAAAGUCUAUGCCAGCUGGAAGAGCUGGCGAGUCAGUUUCACAAGGAUUGACAGAGAAUUUGCAAAAACUUGGAUUUGAAACAGAUCGCUUAAAGACUGGUACUCCAGCGCGUGUGGAUCGCCGGACUAUAGACUUUUCCAAUUUGGAGGCUCAACAUGGAGACGAAGAGGUCAGCUGGUUUAGUUUUGACCCAGAAUUUCAUGUCGAGAGAGAGCAAAUGUGCUGCUACCUAACUCGUACGACAAACUUAACACACCAAUUAAUCCGAGAUAAUUUGCAUGAGACCCCAACUUAUGGUGGAUGGGUUGAAGCAAAAGGGCCUAGGUAUUGCCCUUCCAUUGAGGACAAGAUUGUUAGGUUCAAAGACAAAGAGUCCCAUCAAAUAUUCCUCGAACCAGAGGGCCGAGACGUUCCUGAGAUCUAUGUGCAGGGAUUUUCAACUGGCCUGCCAGAGAAUCUCCAGCUGCCGCUUCUAAGAAGCUUGCCAGGACUUGAAAAUUGCUCCAUGCUUAGGCCUGCCUAUGCUGUUGAGUAUGAUUAUUUGCCAGCUCAUCAGUGUUCUAGGUCCCUUAUGACGAAGAAAAUUGAAGGUCUUUUUUUCUCUGGUCAGAUCAAUGGCACAACUGGUUAUGAAGAGGCUGCCGCACAGGGUAUUUUAUCUGGAAUCAAUGCUGCCAGACACUCGGAUGGUAAGAAACACAUUGUACUUGAGAGGGAAAGCAGUUAUAUAGGUACAUUGAUUGACGAUUUAGUCACAAAGGAUCUCAGAGAGCCAUACCGCAUGCUAACAAGCCGUUCAGAACAUCGUCUUCUUCUUCGAUUCGAUAAUGCGGAUAGUCGACUCACACCUCUAGGGCGUGAACUUGGAUUGAUAGAUGAUAGGCGAUGGAAGUUGUACCAAGAGAAGCAAGCAAAGAUUUCAGAAGAGAAGAAGAGACUGAAAACUGUUAAGAUUUCAGUUGCAGGAGGUGAUUUGGCUGCUGAAGUUUCUAAUGUGUCUUCUCAGCCAGUCAAAGAAUCUGCAACACUAGAGAGUCUACUAAAGAAACCUCAUGUCCACUACAAGCUUCUUGAGAAGCAUGGCUUUGGAAAUGAAACAUUAUCUAGAAUGGAGAAAGAGUGUGUAGAGAUCGAUAUAAUUCAGGUGAGACCAGAGACAAUCGGGCAGGCAAGUAGAGUAGGCGGAGUCAGUCCUGCUGACAUAACAGCUUUGCUCAUAACACUAGAAUCAAACCGAAGGAGAACUCAAGAGGUAAAGAGAGGAAAAAUACUAGAGCAUGCCUUGGCAGAAUCGAGUCCACAAUGGGUAGAAGAUAGAGAGCAUAUGGUUAAUACUGAUUAAGAAGUUGUACAGGUUAGCAUCAACAACUCUCCAAGAUUGUACAACCUUGAUAAUGAUUUUGAUCUACCGCCAUUCUCUCGAAUGGCCAAGAAAGAUUUACUUUUUUUACUUUUGUGUAACCUCAUGGCUGAUUUUUUUUGUAUGAUUCUUUCUGCUUAUACGGUUCAAACUCCUCAUCAUUAUCAUCAA